CCCCUCAACUGUACAAGUCCGCAGCACCCUCUUUUACUCUCAUGCUGCUCCCAUGCUGCUCUUGGCAGUGCCAGACUAGUCAGCACAGCGAACGCUGUUGAUGAACCGAGAGCCCCACGCCUCCGUAAUUUCAUGACGUCAUCACCUCGUGCCAUCAUGAGCUCAUGACUCGUAUGAACGGUCGAGUAGAAGACUCCGAGCCAGCAGGCAUCAUGGCGACCGCGUCCAACGCGCCGGACACCAAGGACGGCUACAGCGCGGGUGCUGCGUUCCCUGCUCUCUCCUCCGCCUCCAUCAACUCGAUCAGCUCCAUGGAUAGCAGCCUUGCGGAUGCACAGUCGCAGCGACAACCCCGAGACGCCAUGCCAGCGGCGGGGUGGGAGAGAGAGCGGGAGCGGGCGGGGGGGGCCGGGUCGGCGGGGAGGGCGCACGUGGAGCAGGCGAUGCAGCUGCGGGACGCGAUCGAGAAGAAGGUCGCGCGCAAGGAGGCCGCGCUCAAGGAGUGCAUGCGCGAGCUGCGGCGCGUGCGCGAGGAGCAGGCGCGGCGCAUCCAGGAGGCGAUUGCGGAGAAGACGCGCGAGUGGGAGGCGCAGUACGGGGAACUGGAGGGGCGGCUCAAGGGCAUGGACGAGCAGCUGGUGGAAGCUAGCGCGGAGAUAGACACCAUGCAGGUGGUUCUAGAGGAUAGACAGAUCCUUAUUAAUGACCUGGAGAGGGAAUUGCUGAGGCUGAAGGACUUGGCGGACGAGGCGGAGGCAGAGAAGAUGCGGAUGGAGAGCAGGGUGGCGGAGAUGGAGGCGCGCGCGGCGGAGGGGAGGAGGAUGGAGGAGAGGGUGAGGAGGAUGGAGGAGGAGGAGAGGGCGCGGGAGGGGGAGUUGAGGGCGGGCGGGGAGGAGGCGGAGGCGUGGAGGAAGAGGUGGGAGGAGGCGGAGGGGGAGCUGAGGGCGGAGAGGAGGCGCGCGGAGGAGGCGGGCGCAGAGAGGGAUGAGCGGGACGCGACGCUGAGGGUGAUGCGCGGACAGGUGGAGCAGUGGAAGAGGCGGUAUGAGGAGACGGAGGGGGAGGCGGAAGGGCUGCGCGAGAGACUGGCGCGGAUGGCGGAGGAGGUGGAGGAGCGACGGGCGAAGGAGGGGGAGGCGGACGAGGAGGCGCGGAGAGAAGAGGCGCGGAAGGAGGCGGCGCGGUUGGGGGAGAGGUGCGCGGAGCUGGAGGAGAUGGUGAGGCGCGCGGAAGGGGAGCGGGAGGAGGUGCGCAAGGAGCUGGUGCGCGCCAAGGGGGAGCGGGAUGGGAUGGCGGACGUGCGGGAUAGGAUGGUGGCGGAGUGGGAGAGCAUGCGCGUGGAGCUGACGCGGGCGCAGGAGGAGGGGGAAAGGCUGAGGGGGGAGGUGGAGAAAGCGGAGGAGGGGCGGAGGCAGGCGGAGGAGCAGAGGGCGGCGGCAGUGGGGGAGAGGGAGAGAGUGAAGGGGGAAGUGAGUGGGGCGAGAGGGGAGGAGGAGGAGCGGUUGAGAGUGGUGAUGGAGGAGAGGGAUGAGUUGAGAGAGGAGGUGCAGCAGUUGAGGGAGGAAUGGGAGGCUAUGAGGGUGGAGGGGGAGAGUGUGGGGAAAGAGAGGGAGGAGUUGAGGGGGAGAGUGGGGAGGAUAGAAGCGGAGGAAGCGGAGAGAGUGCGGGGGGAGAAGGAAGAGAGGGCGAAGCUGGAGGAGGAGGUUGUGAGAGUGAGGGAGGAGUGGGAGAGAGUGAGGGAGGAGAGGGAUGGGCUGAGGGACGAGGUGGAGGGGCUGAGGAGAGUGAGGGAGAGAGCGGAUGGGGAGAAGGAGGGAGUGAGAGAGGUGAGUGAGGUUCUCGAGAGGGAGAGGCAGCAGUGGGAAGGGGAGAGAGAGCAGUGGGAGAGGAAGGAGGAGGAGUGGGUGCGAGAGAGUGAGAAGUGGGAGGAGGAGAGACGGCAACUGGAGGAGGAGGUGGAGAGGGCGAACGGGGAGCUGGGGCGACUGCAGGAGGAGAGGGAGCAGUGGAAAGAGGCAGUGGAGCAGGGAGAGGAGGAGAAGGCGCAUUUGACCCGGCUGGUCGCGGCGCUGCAGGAAGGGGAGAGUGAGAUGGCGAGGAGCGUACAGAGAGACGCACAGCGGGAGGCACAGAGAGAGGUGGAUGCAGCACGAGAGGAGGUGAGGAGGGUCAAGGAGGACUGUGAGAGAGUGAGGGAGGAGAGGGAGAGGAUGAGGGCGGAGAGGGAGGCGGUGGAGGGGGAGCAGGAGCGGGAGAGGGAGGAGUGGGCGGGGUUGCGAGAGGAGAGGGACGAGGCGAGGAGUGAGAGGGAUGCUCUGGUGGAGGAGAGGGAGGCGUGGAGGAAGGAGGGAGAGGCGGUGAGGGAGGAGAGGGAUGAGGUGGUGAGAGGCAGAGAUAUCCUCCUGGCACGGGUGGCAGAGCUGGAGGAAGGAACUGGGAGGGCGACGAGGGGGGUGGAGGAGGAAAGAGAGCGGGCGGAGAGGGAGAGGGAGCGGGCAGAGGAGGAGAGGGGGAAGGCGGAGAGGGAGAGGGAGAAGGUGAUGGAAGAGGUGGUGGUGCUGAGGGAGGAGUGCGGGAGGCUGAGGGAGGAGAUUGAGAGGAUGCAUGAGGAGAAGGAGAGGUGGCAGCGGGAGAGUGAGAGAGUGAGGGCGGAGUGUGAGCGGCUGAGAGGGGAGAUUGAUGGGGUGAAGGAGGAGCUGGAGAGGCUUGGGGAGGAGUGUGAGGGGCUGAGAGAGGAAAGUGAGAGAGCGAGGGAGGAGAGCGAGAGAGUGAGGGAGGAGAAUGAGAGAGUGAGGGAGGAGAGCGAGAAGGUCAAAGGGGAGAUGGCGAGGGUGAAGGAAGAGAGUGAGGGAGUGAGGGAGGAGAGGGAGAGUCUGAAGGAGGAGUGUGCGAUCUUGAGGGAGGAGUGUGCGGCAGCGAGGAACGAGAGGGAGUGGGCGCGGGAGGAGCAGGAGCAGGUGAAGAGCCUCAUGUCGGGGCUGGAGGUGGAGGAGAGCGAGCGCAUGCAGCGCGUGCGGGAGGAGCGGGACGCGGUCAAGGGCGAGAGGAACGCGCUGCAGAACGAGAGGGACGCGCUGCAGGGCGAGCUGGAGCGCGUGCGGGAGGAGUGGGAGGUGAUGCGCGAGGAGCGUGAGGGCAUGCAGGAGGAGCGCGACCUCAGCGUCAAGAACGCAGCGAGACUCAUGGACGAAGUAGAGUCCCUGCAGCGCAAGGCGCACCUCGCCAACGAGCAGGUGUCCGCCGUCACCGCCACCGUCGCCCGGCUCCAGGGCGAGCUGGCUGUAGCGGAGGAGGAGAGGCGGAAGGCGGAGGGGGAGCUGGAGCGGUACAGAGUGGCUGUGGAGGGGGAGUUGCAGCGAGCAUGCGAGGAGAAGGUGCGGUUGCAGGAGGAGGUUGAGGCGGCGGUGAAUCGGGCGAGCGAUGCCGAGGCCACGGCCGCAGAGCACAAGGCCACUGCUGAGGCUGCGGCGGCGCUGGCGGAGGAGGCGGCUGCUAGGGCCGUGGAGCUUGAAGAGGUGAUUGGUAGGGGGGAGGCGGGGGGAGACGGGAGGGCGGUGGGGAAGGGGGGAUGGGCGGGAUGGGUGGGGUGGGAGUGGGAGAGGAGGAGGAACUGGAGAGGAGGGAGGAGGAAACGGAGGUGGGCGCAGCAGCAGCAGCAGCAGCAGCAGCAGGCGGAGCAGGUGCAGGAGCUGGAGUGGCAGCUGGAAGAGGCGAAGGAGAGCAUAGAGCAGCUGAAGGCGGAUCUGGCUCAGGCGCAAGCGGAGAACGAGGCCGUGGACGGCGAGCUGGCGGCCGUGGAGGACAUGGUCAUCCAGCUCACCGACAGCCUGGCAGAUAAGGAGCGGUUCCGCGCUGAGCUGGAGGCGGUGAACGCACGCGUGGCGCAGGUGGAGGAUGAGGUGGCGAGGUGGAAGGAGAGAGCGAUGGGGCUGGAGAGGGAACUGGAGGAGGAGAGAAGAGGGAGAGGGGAGGGAGGAGGGGAGGGGGGAGGGGAAGGGGGAGGAGGAUCAGGCACACAGGGUGGGAGGCCACAGCGGGAGGUUGAGGCUGAGCUGGCGGCAGCGCAAGCCAGGCUGGCAGGGAUGGCUGGUGAGCUGGACACGUGGCGCGAGACAACCGCGUCGCUGAACGCCAGCCUGGCGGAGGCGCAGCGGCGGAUCGAGGAGCUGGUGGCGGUGGAGGGCGAGGCGGGCGAGCUGAGUCAGCAGCUGGGGGAGGCGCGGGAGCGCAUCGCUGAGCUGGACGAGCUGGUGGCGUCGCUCGACAGGGAGAAGCAGCAGGUGGAGGAGGACAUGAGCCAAACGCGGACCGCCUUCACUGAGGUGGCGGCUAAGGUGAUGGAUACUAUGCAGCAGAACGAGCAGCUUAAGUCGGAGCUCGCUGCGGUGAAGGCACGGAACAGCAGUGGCAGCCGAGGCAGCGGCACCAGUGCCGCUGCUGCCAUUGCUGGUGGUGGUGGUCCUAGCAGCGGCAACAACGAGAGGCAGCGCGAGAUGGAGGAGGUGGAGAGGGAGUUGGAGGAGCUGAGGGCCACGGCGCGGGAGAUGAAGGCAGCAGCAGCAGGCGCCCGCAGCUGGGCGAGCGAGCUGGAGGCACGCCUGGUGGAGGAGAGCGCAGGCCGCGAGGCGGCAGAGGCGGAGGCGGCGCGUGCCAAGGCAGAGGUGGGCGUGGUGAAGAUGCGGCUGGCCGCGGCCAUGGAGCGGGCGAGCGUGCUGGAGGGGUGUUUGCUGGAGACUGAGCACAGGGUGUCGGACGUGAGGAGGAAUAUUAUCUCCGCGCAUCACCGCAAGAUGGCCGUGGAUAUGGAGCGCGCACUCACUGCUGCUGCUAGCGUUGGGGUUGGGGGUGGUGGUGGUGGCGGUGGUAGUGGUGUUGGUGGUGCUGGUGCUGGUUCGCAUCUGCUGUCCCUGCCUGCUCCACCUGCCUCCUCUGCCCCGAUCGCCACCAUUAGUGCGGCAGAGGGCGGUGCUGACGCCGCGUCACCCUCCACACUGUCAGCGCCUGCUGUAGCUGUUUCUCCUGCUGCUGCUGCUGCUUCUGCCGCUGCUGCCGCUGCCUCCAUGUCCUCUGCCGGUGCAGCAGCAUCAGUGCCUGCAGGGUCAGGGUUGCCCCUCUCCUCGUCCUCGUCAGUCGCCACCACUCCCCGUCUGGAGCCCAUACCAGCGCCGUCACCAGCAUCAGCACACUCAGCAGCGCCGGGCAUGGCAGUGGUACCAGCAGCAGCAGCAGCAGCAGCAGCACCAGCAUCAGCAGCAGCAGGGGGAGCAGCAGCAGGGGGAGCAGCAGCAGCAGCAGCAGCAGGCGCGGUGGACGUGGCGAGUCUGAACGGGCGGCUGAUGGCGCUGAUGGAGGAACUGCAGGUGGAGAAGGCAGAGAGGCAGGCCGCCGUCUCCAUGCUGCAGCACCAGAUGCACCACGGCAGGCUGAUGGCGCAGCACAUGGAGAGUGGCAACGUGUCGUCGCCCUCCAUCUCCUCCUUCACCGAUGCCGCAGUGGACUCGCCCUUUGACUCCAACCGCCGCCUCCUGCAGUCGGCAGGAGCGUCAGCCAUCUACACAACAUCCCCUCUCCUGCACAACCCCAACAACCCCAACUCGCCCUUCUUCCUCCACCCCUAUGCACACUCCUCCAUGCUCCCCUCCUCCGCCCUUGCCCACGACCCCCACAUGAGGCCCUUCUUCCUCCCGGCAUCCCCAGCUGCUGCCGACGCUGCUUCCCUACUGCACCCUGCAGGGGGGUCCACGUCCCUCUCAGCAGCAGCAGCUGCUGCUGCGUCAGCAGGUAAUGGCGCUGACAUGGCACUGGCGGUUCCAGGUGGCAUGGGGUCGUCAGCACUGCUCGCCUCCCUAGCAGCUCAGAGGGAGGCCCACAGUGUGGCUGCUGCUGGCUCUGGGUCCUCCAUGCUGAUUCACCACACAGGGCUUUCUCAACAGCAGCAGGUACACCAGCAGCACCAGCAACUCCAGCAGCAGCAGCAGCAGCACAGGCAGCAGUCAGCAUCACCCACGUCUUGCAUUCUCUUCCCGGAUUCUUCGUCUCCUGGUUCCGCCUCUGCUGCUCCGACUCAAGCCACCAGUGCUACAGGCCCACGCGGGGUGCGUGGUUCUGCUAGCCCCAGUGGCUCUGGCACCACUCUGCACCGCACCUCGGGUGCCACAGGCUCAGGUAACAGCACUGCUGCCCUGACAGCUGCUGGCAGUGCGAGCAGUAGUGCACGGGCGAGCUCUGACUCCAAGGGUUACAGGAGCGCCACUGCCUCCUCUGCUGCCGCUGCUGCUGCUGCUGCUGCUGCUGCUGCUGCUGGGACGGGCAGCAGCAAGCGAAGCACAACACCAGGCCGAAGCACCGGUGGCGGCACAGGGAAUGGUGUGGGGCCUGGACAAGCGCGCAGGACAGCAUCCCAGCCUAUGGCCUCCUCAUCGCACCUUCAGCAGCAACAGCAGCAGCAGAGAUUACGUCGGAAGACGACGCCAGACGUAGGAACGGGAGGCACUGGUAGCAGCGGUGGCGCCGCUGGUGAUCGCAGUCGCCUAUCACCAUCGCCAUCACCAAGAGCAUCCGCAUCCGCCGCCGCAGCAGCAGCAGCAGCAGCAGCGCAAGGGGGGCCAGCGUCCCGUCGGGAUUUUUUCACGUCCAUGGACUCUCUAGUGGAGCGCAUGGAGCGCGACGAGGCGUCUGACACCGACAGCUCCUUCAGCCGCACUCUCUCCGUCGCCUCCUCCUCCAUGCAUGCUGACCCCCAUGCCGCUGCUGCUGCUGCUGGUAGGGCGAACGGAAUAGGCACUGGUGGGGCUUCAAGCUCAGGUGCUUCCAGGCUGGCAGGGGUGACGGAGGUCGUCGGGGGCCCGGUGGUGCCUGCUGGGUGGGCCGGUCCGCCUGGCAGCAGGGCCAGGCCUAUAGGCUCUGGGCGGGCGGCAGGGAGUGGUGGGGGUGUGGCAGGUGCGGGCGAGUGGUCUGCUGGGAGGGGCGGGGCGGGAGUGCGUGGGGGUCGAAGUGGGGUAGGGGGUAGUGCUAGUGCGCGCAGUGGCUCAUUGGCCAAGUGAACACGCAUGUGGCACUGAUGGGAGCGGGGGCUGGGCUGGAGGCUGACACCUGUUGGCUGUAUGAAUGCACAUGUUGGGCAGAGUUUGCUGGUGUAGUGUGGCUUGGAGCAUUGUGUCUGCUCGAGUCACAAUCACGGAGGUCCCGAGUUCGCAAAUGAGGGGUUCGUCCAUGCAUGGUAUGGUACAGUACUGUGUUGUGGUAUCUAACGUGACCAUUUAGGUGACUAGGUAUGUCGCUGACUUAUGAACCCUCGUACGGUAAUUUCUUCUUGAUCACAAUUGAGAAAGCUUGUUUUCUUGUCCUUUGCUAUAG